CCAGGGCUUAGCACUAGCUCAGUUAUUAAGUGACUCUAACGAGAGCUUUUGUUCCUUGGUGUAUUUUGAAAUACUUCAUUUUCCUAACACUUCAGGAAAUUAUAACAUUCUUCAGCUCAGUUUCUGAGCGCUUUACCAAUUUAUCUCUCUCCUCAAAACAAGCAUUGAUUCCUGCAUUUCUAAAUACCUCAAGCUGUAGACCACUGUUGAAGAAGUUUCAAGUGAGAGAUGGCAAAUGAACGCAUGAAGAUUGUUCUACUUAAAGGAUUAGAGGAAAUCAAUGAUUAUCAGUUUAAGAUGAUUAAGUUCUUACUGGCCAGUCACUUGAAGUUGAAUAAGAAAAUGCAAGAAGAAUACGACAAAGUCCACAUCGCUAACUUGAUGGUGGACAGGUUCCAACGUGAUUCUGGUUUGGACAAACUUAUAAAACUCUGCAAGGAGAUACCAGUACUUCAAACCCUUGCUGAAAGUCUUAGAAAAGAAAAGACAAAAGUUAUGAAAAGGAGAUCCACACCAGCAAAAGGAAAACCCCCCUCCAAAAAGAACAAGCAGGACGAAGACAGUCCUGCUGUACCUGCACCCAGCACAAGCAACACUGUCAAGUCUGAGGGAGCAGAGGUGACUCCUGGACCUCAGAAAAGAAAAAAGACAGCCCCAAAAAAUGAUGGGUCCAAAAGGAAGAAGAUGUCCAAGGAGCAGACUCAGCCUCCCUGUCCUGCACGAGUGGACAUGCCCACAGCCAUCAGCCAUCCCUCACCUCCCCAGACCUCAUCAGCUCCAGCCAACAUGCCUUCAAUUGAGAAGCCAAAACCACAGGCCAAGCCUCAGGUAAACACCAGAGCGAAUCAGCUCCAAAAGGGCCCGAUGACAGUGAUGGUACUGAGUACAACAGACCCAUUCGAAUAUGAGUCCUCGGAAAAGGAGAAGAAAACGAUGUUUCAUGCAACAGUGGCUACAGAGAGAAAAUUCUUUCAUAUGAAGGUUUUAAAUAUCAACUUAAAGAAAUACAUCAGCAGAGAUAAAAUCAUUACUAUAUCAGAUUAUUUGGAUUAUGACCAUCUCCUAGAGGUAAAUGAAGCCUCUUCUGUAUCUGAAGCUGGUCCUGAACAAAAGCUUGAGGUUCCAGUAAACCUCAUAAACAGAGCACAGGAAACCCUGAAAAUUGAUGUUCUUCAAACACAAGCUUCGGGAACUGUUGUCUAUGGAUUAUUCAUGCUACAGAAGAAAACAGUGAAUAAGAACAACACAGUCUAUGAAAUUAAAGAUGAUACGGGAAACAUAGAAGUAGUGGGGAAAGGAAAAUGUCACAAUAUCCCUUGUGAGAAAGGAGAUAAACUUGAACUCAUCUGCUUUCGACUGAGAAAAAAGAACCGGCUGUCAAAACUGAUUUCUGAAAUACAUAGUUUCAUUCAGGUAAAGCCAAAAGCAAAGCAGAGGAAAUAUGACUCCAAGACUGUGAAUCUACCCAAGGUGCAGAGCGUGGUUGCCAACCCUUCAGUGGCCUACACAACCCCAACUCAAUGCCUCACUCAGAGGCAUUCCAUGACUCCUCAGAUGCAGAGUGUGGUUCCCACCCGUUCAGUGGCCAGCACAACCCCAGAUCGCACUCAGAGGCACCCCGUGACUCCUCAGAUGCAGAGUGUGGUUCCCAGAUGUUCAGUGGCCAGCACAACCCCAACUCUCACUCAGAGGCAUCCCGUGAAUCCUCAGAUGCACAGCGUGGCUCCCAGCCGUUCAGUGGCCAGCACAACCCCAGCUCGCACUCAAAGGAAUCCCGUGACUCCUCAGAUGCAGAGUGUGGUUCCCAGCCGUUUAGUGGCCAGCACAACCCCAGCUUGCACUCAAAGGAAUCCCGUGACUCCUCAGAUGCAGAGUGUGGUUCUGAGCUGUUCAGUGGCCAGCACAACCCCAGCUUGCACUCAGAGGCAUGUUACGACUCUUCAGAUGCCUCCAACAACCACAUCCAGCAGUUUCUUAACUAAGGUCAUCAAGGAGGAGAAUGCCAAAAAACAACCAUUCAAUCUAAAUUUCACCUGAAGUCUUCCUCCUAAAAACAUGGAUGGCAUUGAUAAUAAUGUUUAUGGAGUUAACAUAUAAAUGCAAAUAAAAAAUGUGUGUGUGUGUGUGUAGGUGAAAUACAACAGUAUGUACACCAGAUACUAUUCUAGGGAACAGAGUACUAAGGAUGCUUUUUUAUUUUAUACUGUUUACCUUUUUGUAUUAACAUGAGUUUUUGCAUUUAUGGCUUUCAGAAUUUGAAAAAAAAAAAAACAUUUUUUUACAGAGAGAAUGGGGACUUAAAAGCCCAUUUUUGGCAAGGUAAAACACCUCCAGAAAAAGGGAAAAACAGAGAAAUAAAGUGACCAAGGCAGAAUAAAUACAGUUUACAUAGCUUACUUUUAAGCCAGCAGCUAAAUUACUUAUCUGAGCAAUUCCUACUUUUUCUAGAAGCCUGACUUGUAUGCAAGAGAUAAAGCUUGCAAACACCCCUGCUGGGUCUGUAAACAGUCUGAAGAAUAAUGGCCAUAGAGGAAGCUACAUGCAGGGCCCAGGAAGGAACAUAAGCAGGCCAUCCCCUGCCCAGUCAACAGUCAAAGCAAAUACCUAUUGUGGGGAUUCAUAUUAGGGCCAGGGCAGAGAUUAAGGGAACUGCUUGAGCCCUGAAAUAUGGGCAGGAGGGUUUGUAGCCUAAUCACAGAGGGAGAUGCUUUCAGGUGGCUAUCAGAAGAAAAUUCUUCUUUUCCACCAAUUCUUCAGAGGAGCCUGAUGCCAUUGGGUCUGCACCACAGAGAAAUAGAGGGGAAUAACCUCCCCCAAGGAAUGUGUGUGUGUGUAUCCACAGACAGGAAGCUGCCCCACAUAAGGCUCAGGUUUUGGAUUUCUCAAGGCUGCUUAGACCCUUAAAAUUAAUGAUUAUAGAUAGAAUAAGACCUAACAUGCUUACUCAGAAAAACUGCUGAUGUUUUUGUUCCCUUCCUUGGCUUACCCUCUGGGCUAAAAGAGGAAAUCACCUUCAAUAAAAGCUGAGUGGAACAAACUCAGGGCCACUUGCUGGAAGCCUACAAGCUAGCAGUGGUCUC